AUGCAGUUCAAGAAUAUCAUCAUGGCUGCGGCCCUGACCCUGGCUACUUCAGUCUUUGCCGCUACGAGUCCCUCUGACCUCGCGAUUGGCUUGCAAAACAACAUUGCCGGACUUGAUAUCGGUCAGAAGCAAACCACUCUGCUCUUGAACCACCUCAGCCACCAUACCGGCGAUGUCACUCCCGAUGCUAUCGUGUCCUCCUACAACGCCACUGCCACAACCGAGGCUGAGGAUCUGGAAAUGAUGAACAUGAUGGAAAUUGACGAGGCGCCUAUUGAGAGCGUUCAGUUGGUUAUUUGCCAGGCAUUCCACGGGUUUGCUCUGAGCAGCAUCGAGGCAAACAACGCAUUCGUCGACUACGCCAUGUCCUUCAACAAGGCCCAGCGCAAGACACUGCGCGAAGCCAUCGCUAAGAACAAGGAAAACGUUUCUGGUUUCCUCGACCGUGUUGCGAGCAAAGCGCUGCCCUACUGCCUCUCCACCAUCAAGAUUGACAACGCUGCCAUCUACGACUCCCUCGACAAGGCUUCCAAGGCCCUUGAUCCUAAGGAUUCUCUCCUGUAG